CUCCGAUAAUUUGCCGAGAGCGAAAAAUUUCACCAGGAUGGAUCGAGAUAAUGUAAAUAAAAUACGACAAAUUUAGGAGAAAUAAAUCACACGUGUCAUCGUAUAUAUUUUUUUUAAACAGUUUUUUAAAAAAAUUGUAUUAAAAUUCGAAAGAAUAUCACGAGCAUUUUUAUAUAAUUUCUAAUCGAUGCGACGUUCGAUCAUUUAAAAGAUUAUUAACAUUAUCCCGUUUACCAUACGAUAAAUAGUGGAAUCAGCAUCGAACAGCAAAUUAAUGAACCUUGUAAUUAUAGAAGCCACUUGGUGUUCGCAAUGCGGCCAAUUUACUUCGGUAGUGGCCAUCCUUUUGUUUCGAUGUUCAUUUGCUAAUUACCCUCGAUCUCGGUUUCAGCUACGUUUUAAUUACAGUACAAUGGUUGGUAAAACUCUUUAAUCGAUAUUUCCUUCCUACUUUUUCCCAUGAUUAGCCGACAAGGUUAAAAAAGAAAAAAAACUUUCAAAUCUUUGAAACAAAAUAUAUAAGAAUAAAUUUUGCAAUAAAUUUUAACAUCGUUCCAAACCUGUUUAAAAUUACGUAUAUAUAUAUAUAUAUAUACUAUAUACACAUAUUGUACUGGAAUAUAGCUAUAGAUCGAACAAGCUCGCUCGCAAACUCUACACUCUCGAUUCUCCAAUAAAACAGCGCGUAUUUUCCUCCUCUUCUUCCUCAUUCGUAUGAAAUUUUUCUUAAUAAAACAAAUGAUAAUCAUUUGAGAUAAUCAUUUGAGAAUCCGUUAUAAACUUGUUACGAAACAAAUUUUUUGGUCAUCUCUUUGCAUGUUGUUGAUCGUUGUUAUAUAAACAGUAAGAGACAACAAGAUUCGUUACACCGAAUUUCCAUCAAAGCAACGUCUAAAUUAAAAAGAUUUCAGUGUGAUCAUGUCGUUGGAUUUGUAUUACACGCCUGUAAGUUCACCUUGCAGGGCAGUCCUCUUGGCUGCGGAAGCUAUCGGUAUCUCCUUAAAUUUGAAGGAAAUCGAUAUAUUUGCAAACGAACAUUUGAAACCGGAAUAUGAACAGUUAAAUCCGCAGAAAACUGUUCCAUUUCUCGUAGACGGUGAUUACAAAUUAACGGAAAGUCGAGCUAUUAUGUCGUAUUUAGCCGAUCAAUAUGGUAAAAACGUUCGCCUAUAUCCACAAACACCAAUUGGUCGAGCUUUAGUCAAUCACAGAUUACAUUUUGAUAUCGGUACUCUGUAUAGAGGCAUGAAGGAUUAUUACUAUCCAGUCGCGUUUGGAAAGACAAAGGAUUAUAAUCCUGAAUGUUAUAAGAUACUCGAAGGCGCGUUUGACGUUCUGAAUAUAUUUCUGGAUGGGCAAGAUUAUGCCGCUGGACGCAAUUUAACUAUCGCUGAUCUCGCUUUAGCUGCCACUGUAUCGACAGCAGAGGUAUCAGAAAGCAAUGUUUAAAAACUAAAUUUUCGGUUUCGAAGUGGAGAGAUAUACUAAUGUUGAUAAAUGGAUGAACAGAAUAAAAUCACUCGCACCGGGUUAUCGUAAAGCUAAUGGCGAAGGAUUAGAAAUGUUAAAGAAAUUGAUUGAAGAUUUUAAAAAGAACUAAUAUAUAUAAAUAUUUAUGUAUUAAUUUGUAUAGAAUAAACUGAACUUAAUAAUUAAAAUUCAAUAAUAAA